AAUUUUCAAUCUUUUGAUCCCUUUGGGUGCUUUAUUUUUGUAGGUCAAACUAGGAUUUUUGUUCAUGGUGCCCAUUCCUUCUCCUCGUAUGGGUAUUCUUCCUCCUACUAAUAACCCUACCGACUUGGGUAUUCCGCACACAGAUAUCCAUCAAGAUCUGUUUCCAGAUUAUUAUGCUGGACCAGCUUCCACUCCGUGUGAGCCGGAACACAAAAUUCCGGGGGGACAAUAUAAUGGAGGUAACCGUUGUGCUUCUGUAAUUAAAGAGAAUAAUUCCCUUCCACAAGUUCCGCCUGGUAGUAGUGGAGAAGGAUUACCUUAUGCACCUAUGCAUUGGCCAAAUGUGGGUGAUAUUUGGAGCUGGAGAGUGGGGAGGAAGGUCAGCAGUUAUGGCUUCUAUAGCGAUAGAUAUCUCAAAGUUCCGGAAAGUCUUCGAAAGCCAAAUGCCUCGAAAAUCUUUUCAAGCAAGCCAGCACUUGAACGUUUUCUCCAGUCCGAUUUCCCGGAUGCAGAUGCUAGCACGUUCUUUGCUUCAUUUAUUUGGAAAAUUCCUGCCGUUGUGUUGCUUCCUUAUUCAUUUUCUCCCACGCAUUCAGUACCAGCUCAAGGAAUGGAAGAUGGUAAACAACAAAUUAACAAAUAACUCUGCACACAACGGAAAGGAAGAGGCCUCCCCCCUCUUCCCCGUUAAGUACUCUGAGUUCCAUUGAUGGCAAAAAAAUGCAGAAGACAACUAAAGGAUCAGCCAAAACUAAGCAGCAAACUCACCCACGACUUACAGAUUCCGCCCCACCCACAUCCAUAAUUGAAGAUACAAACGGUGAUCUUGAUGCGUCUUUCUUAGACAAUGAAAUGGGAAGAGCUGAGUUCGACAACUACCUCAAUUCUUUGGAUGAGAUUCUUGUUCAGCCUUGGUUUCAAGAACCAUUUUACCAUAUGGAAAUGAUGGCUGAAGCUCGAAAGAAACUAUCUUCGCUUCUCGAUAUGGAUUUUCCUUCAUUGAUUUGCUUCAAAGACCUUGAUGAACUCGCAGCUCUAGCAUCCAAAUUUCAGAAGGAUCCUACACUUACUGCUGCACAACUUGUGAAACUGAAGUUAAUAGAAGAGAUUCCAACAUUCGCAGUCGCGUUUCUUGAGAAUAGGGAAGUAAUGGAGCAUCCAUAAAGCAUGGAUUCACCUAUUGAGUUGUUAACAUCAUUCAAGACAAGAAUAUAGAUGCUUCUAAAGUAAUGUACUUGUGAUUGUGAAAGAAUCUUUUCCUUUCGC